AUGAAAGGUGCUGAGUCUUAUACUUUUGUCAAGUCUCCACUCGAAACUCUAUAGUCAGAACUGAAAGGAAAUCAUCCAGAUUAGAUUAAUUAUAUAGGAGAUAUUAGGUAUACAUAUUUUAAUGAUAAAUCAAAUUAAUAAUACGAUUGA